GGCGGAGAUCUAGCCCAGCCUGGGAUCAGUUUUCCAGGGCCAGCAGAGGAGGAACUAGAUCAACAGUACUCAUGGUCACCAACCCAGCACUUCAAUGAAGAGAGAUACUCUCCUGCUCCAAGGAAUAUGAAAGGAUUAUCCAGUAGUCGAAAUCAACCACAGUUAUGUUCCGGUCAUACCUGUGGCUUAACACCCCCUGAAGAUUGUGAACACACGCACGACCACCUUCACCAUGGGCAGGAGCCAAGGCAAUCGUACCUGCUUAGCCCUACAGAGAGUUGUCCCAUGGAUCACCAUCGCUGCUCACCACGGAGCUCCAUCCAUUCUGAAUGUAUGAUGAUGCCCAUGAUGAUGGGCGAUCAUAUGUCCAGUAGCACUUUUCCCAGAAUGCAUUACAGCUCACAUUAUGAUACAAGGGACGACUGUGCCAUGUCUCACACUAGCACUAAAAUCAAUCGGAUCCCUGCCAAUCUUUUGGACCAGUUUGAGAAACAGCUUCCUCUACACAGGGAUGGAUUCCACACUUUACAGUAUCAGAGGACUUCAACUGCUGCAGAACAACGGAGUGAAAGCCCAGGGAGAAUACGACACCUUGUCCAUUCAGUUCAGAAGCUUUUUACCAAGUCUCAUUCUUUAGAAGGCUCUUCCAAAAGUAAUGUCAAUGGGACCAAGAGUGACAGUAGAGGGGAUGAUCAUCAUCAUGGCCAUCCUAAACAUAGUAAAAGGAGCAAAAGCAAGGAGCGAAAGCCUGAAACUAAGCAUAAAUCUGGGAUGAGUAGUUGGUGGAGCUCUGAUGACAAUUUGGACAGUGAUAGCACUUAUCGAACACCCAGUGUGGUGAAUCGACACCAUGUGGAUCAUAUCUCCCACUGCUACCCUGAAGCUCUCCAGAGCCACUUUGGGGAUCUCUCCCUAAAGACUUCAAAAAGUAAUAAUGACAUGAAAUGCUCUGCAUGUGAAGGCUUAGCUAUGACCCCUGAUGGGAAAUACAUGAAAAGGAGUUCCUGGUCGACUCUCACAGUAAGCCAGGCAAAAGAAGCUUACCGAAAGAGUUCAUUGAACUUAGAUAAGCCUCUGGUCCAUCAGGAAAUUAAGCCAGCCUUGAGGCCAUGUCAUUACCUUCAGGUGCCUCAAGAUGAAUGGGGAGGGUACCCCACUGGCGGGAAAGAUGAGGAGAUACCCUGCAGGAGAAUGAGGAGUGGGAGUUAUAUUAAAGCCAUGGGAGAUGAGGAGAGCGGAGAAUCUGACUCUAGCCCCAAAACUUCACCAAAAGUAGCAGUCCGACCAGAGGCGUUGUUAAAGUCCAUUGGACAGAGACCGCUUGGAGAUCACCAAACCCAGAGCUACCUACAAGCUGCAAGUGAUGUGCCUGGUGGUCACAACCUGGAUCCCUCUCCUAACUACAACUCUCCGAAAUUCCGCUCCAGGAAUCAGAGCUAUAUGCGGGCAGUCAGCACUCUGAGUCAGGCCAGCUGCGUUAGUCAGAUGAGUGAAGCUGAGAUCAACGGGCAGUUUGAAUCGGUGUGUGAAUCAGUCUUUAGUGAAGUUGAAUCUCAGGCCAUGGAUGCCCUAGACCUUCCUGGUUGCUUCCGAACGAGAAGUCACAGUUAUCUGAGAGCCAUUCAGGCUGGUUACUCCCAAGAUGAUGAAUGUAUUCCUGCAAUGACAUCUUCUAACAUCACCUCAACUAUCAGGUCAACAACAGCUGUAUCAUACACAAGUUAUAAAAAAACACCACCACCAGUUCCCCCUCGGACAACCUCCAAGCCUCUGAUUUCUGUUACCGCCCAGAGCAGCACGGAAUCUACCCAGGAUGCCUACCAUGACAGCCGGACUCAGAGGAUCCCUCCAUGGCCACAAGAUGGCCGAGGCCUGUACAAUUCCACAGAUAGCCUGGACAGUAACAAGGCCAUGAAUCUUGCCCUGGAAACAGCAGCCGCCCAGCGCCACGCCUCUGAGAGCCAGAGCAGUUCAAUUCGAACUAGUGACAAAGCCGUCUUAGUGACAAAAGCUGAGGAGUUCCUCAAGAGCCGUCGUUCCUCAAUAGGAAUUCAGGUGGAAACAGCAACUGAUUCUGAUACAGAGAGCAGAGGCCUACGGGAAUAUCACUCUGUUGGAGUGCAAGUGGAAGAUGAAAAACGACAUGGUCGGUUUAAACGUUCGAAUAGUGUAACAGCUGCAGUUCAGGCUGACCUAGAACUGGAGGGCUUUCCUGGACACAUUACUAUGGAGGACAAGGGUCUUCAGUUUGGUUCAUCAUUUCAGCGACAUUCAGAACCUAGCACUCCUACCCAAUAUGGCGCAGUAAGAACUGUACGGACACAAGGACUUUUCAGUUACCGAGAAGAUUAUAGGACCCAAGUUGACACCUCAAACCUUCCCCCACCUGACCCUUGGCUAGAGCCAUCUAUUGAGACAGUAGAAACUGGCAGGAUGUCACCUUGUCGACGGGAUGGAACAUGGUUUAUGAAGCUACUGCACACAGAGACAAAGAGGAUGGAAGGAUGGUGUAAAGAGAUGGAAAGAGAAGCAGAAGAAAACGACCUCUCUGAAGAAAUUCUAGGUAAAAUCAGGAGUGCAGUUGGAAGUGCUCAGCUUCUCAUGUCUCAGAAGUUCCAGCAAUUUUAUUGGCUUUGUCAGCAAAAUUUGGAUCCUAGUGCUAUGCCAAGGCCUACUUCCCAAGACCUGGCAGGAUUUUGGGACUUAUUGCAGCUCUCAAUUGAAGAUGUCAGCAUGAAGUUUGAUGAACUCCACCAGCUGAAGCUCAAUGAAUGGAAACUAAUAGAAUCCCCUGAAAGAAAGGAAGAAAGAAAGGUUCCCCCUCCAGUACCAAAGAAGCCUCCAAAAGGGAAAUUUCCUAUCACAAGAGAAAAGUCUCUAGACCUACCUGACAGACAACGCCAAGAAGCUAGAAGACGGCUCAUGGCCGCCAAGAGAGCAGCCUCCUUUAGGCAGAAUUCGGCUACUGAACGAGCAGACAGCAUUGAGAUCUACAUCCCUGAGGCCCAAACCAGGCUUUAA